GUCGUGUCCAUGAUAAAAAUGAAGGAUAAUAUCGAGUAAUGGGAAUUUGCUAAAGCGGUGACAAAACUCUCUUAUUUAGACACAAGCGUCUACGUUUUCACCAUCUUUUAAGCCCGUCGAUAGAUCCCCUUCUGACUUCAGCGGAAGGAUAUGUGUUUUCGUUUCUUCACUCUCAGUGACUCCAGUGACUGGUGAGCGCAGAGAGGUGGAAGACUUUUUUUUUUUGGGUGCCGUGUGUGUGACUACUACAAGUUUAAUUUGUGUAUUUUAAACCUUUUUUUCUUAACGUAACGACUCGUAGAAUACAUGUGAUGAAUACUAACAUGUUGUAAUUUUGGCGCUACGAGUCGUUUUUUGCCUCAUCUUAAUUGUGUGAGAGCUCGUUUCCAACGAGACUUUUUUGGAGAACUAUAACCGUCCCGCGGGAGACAGCUCAACUUUGGGCUCGCGACCUUAUGUGGAUUUUAAAGACAAUAUGGAGCAGAUCCCCGGUUUCUCCUCGGGCAAAUCACUAGUCUUUGUCUUCUGCUUCAUUCGCCUCUCUUUGGCUCUGCAAUGUAUGGACGACAAGGCGCCGUGCGUCAACAAUGCUACGUGUCUGACCUUCAACAAUGGCACUGAGUACUGCAGGUGUGCACCAGGCUUCCUGGGUGAGUACUGCCACCACAAGGACCCUUGUGACCCGGGCUUCUGCCUGAAUGGAGGGAACUGCUCUGUGUCCAUGUUAGCGGGCGUACCCGUGCCAGGCAGCGCAGCCUGCACCUGCGCUCUUGGCUACACCGGACAGCACUGCCAAACUCCCCAGAACUCCACGUGUUACCCCAACAACCCCUGUGCCAACAAGGGUGUCUGCGCCCUGCUGUCCCUCGACAAAUACAAGUGCGAGUGUCCCAGAGGAUGGACAGGACCGCAGUGUGAGCAUGAGGACAGCUGUCUUUCUAGCCCCUGUGUCAACGGUGGGACGUGCAGCUCUCCAUCUGCCGGCAGCUACACGUGCUCCUGUCCUCCUGGCUACACAGGUCCUCGCUGCCUGAAUGACACGAAUGAAUGCGCUGCCACGCCCUCUAUAUGCCAGAACGAAGGCUUAUGCGUCAACACCCCUGGCUCCUACAAGUGUACCUGUGACCCAGGGUUUACGGGCAGACACUGUGAAAGCUCGUACAUCCCUUGCUCACCCUCACCAUGCCUUAAUGGCGGCACCUGCCACCAGAACUCUGAAAUCAGCUACUCUUGCCACUGCCUCCCAGGUUUCAACGGGACUAACUGUGAGAGCAACAUUGAUGACUGCCCCGGUCAUCAGUGUGCCAAUGGAGGAACCUGUAUGGACGGAGUCAACACCUACAACUGCCAGUGCCCACCAGAGUGGACUGGUCAGCACUGUACCGAAGAUGUGGACGAGUGUCGUCUGCAGCCAAACACUUGCCAGAACGGCGGUACCUGCAGCAACCUGUUUGGCAGCUACGUCUGUGUGUGCGUUAACGGCUGGAGUGGACCCGACUGCUCUAUAAACAUCGACGACUGUGCGACAGCUGCGUGCAGCGCAGGCUCCACAUGCAUCGACCGCGUGGCGUCUUUCGUCUGCCAAUGCCCCUACGGAAAGACAGGCUUGCUCUGCCAUAGAGAUGACGCCUGUAUCAGUAACCCCUGCAGAGAGGGUUCUCAUUGUGACACCAACCCCAUCAGUGGCAUGUUUAACUGUAACUGUGCACCUGGGUAUGUAGGUAGCACCUGCAACAUCGACAGAGACGAAUGCAGCAUUGGUACCAACCCUUGCGAGCACGGCGGUCAGUGUGUGAACACCGACGGCUCCUUCACAUGUAACUGUGUGAGGGGUUACGCUGGGCCGCGCUGUGAACAAGACGUCAACGAGUGCGCUUCGAGCCCCUGCCAGAACGACGGCACAUGUCUGGAUCGCAUCGGGGACUACACCUGCAUCUGCAUGCCUGGAUUUGAGGGGACUCAUUGUGAGGUGGAGAUAAACGAGUGCAUCAGCUCGCCCUGUCUGAACCAGGGGAAAUGUCUGGACCAGGUCAGCCGCUUCGUCUGCGAAUGCCCAGCAGGCUUCAGCGGUGAAAUGUGCCAGAUCGACAUCGAUGAGUGCUCCAGCACGCCCUGUUUAAACGGGGCCAAGUGUAUCGACCGACCCAACGGAUAUGAUUGUGAAUGUGCUGAAGGCUUCACCGGUCUACUUUGUGAGGACAACAUCAACGACUGCGUACCAGAGCCAUGCCACCACGGUGUGUGUAAAGACGGCAUCGCCACCUUCUCCUGCGAGUGCCAACCUGGAUACACGGGCUCCAUCUGUAAUAUCCAGGUCCAGGAGUGCCACAGCAACCCAUGUCAGAACCGAGGACGCUGCAUUGACCUGGUCAAUGCCUACCAGUGUAACUGCCCACCAGGAACCACAGGGGUGAACUGUGAGAUCAAUGAAGAUGACUGUGCCAGCAACCCCUGUGAGAAGGGAGAGUGCCACGAUGGCAUUAACGAGUACAAAUGUGUGUGCACCGCAGGAUAUACAGGACUUAAAUGUGAAGUGGAGAUCGACGAGUGUAACUCAAACCCGUGUAUGAGUGGGGGAAGCUGCCUCGACAAGGUCAACGGGUUCUACUGCCUGUGCCCGCCCAGCACCCACGGCCCUCUGUGCCUCUCUGGGACCGACCACUGUGCUCCUCGGCCUUGUGCGCACGGAGACUGUAUUGAACAGCAACACGGGUAUCGUUGUGAGUGUGAAGCUGGCUGGGAGGGACAACAGUGUGGGCAGGAAAAGGACGAGUGCCAGCCCAGUCCGUGCCAAAAUGGUGGCACCUGUGUGGACCGACACAAUGGCUACACCUGUCAGUGUCAACCUGGAUUCAAAGGUGUGAACUGUGAGAAGAACACAGAUGAAUGUGCAUCCGGGCCCUGUCUGAACCAAGGCAUUUGUAUAGACGGAGUCAACACUUAUUCCUGCCAAUGUAGUCCGCCAUUCACAGGUAAAUUCUGUGAGGUGGAACAGGUUCCCUGUGCCUCUCAUCCGUGUGAGAGGGGAGGAGUGUGCCGUCCGUCUGCAGACUACACCUCCUACACCUGUCGAUGUCCUGCUGGUUGGCAAGGUACACGCUGCACCGAGGAUGUCGACGAAUGCAGGAAGAGCCCUUGCAAAAAUGCUGGUCGCUGCAUGAACAGCCCGGGCAGCUACACGUGUAAAUGUCAACCUGGAUACAGCGGACACAACUGUCAGACAGACAUUGACGACUGCUCACCAAGCCCAUGCCUGAACGGAGGCUCUUGUGUGGACGAUGUCGGGAGUUUCUCCUGUGACUGCCGCCCCGGUUUUGAAGGGGAGCGCUGUGAGACUGAGGUCAACGAGUGUACCAGCCAGCCCUGCAGGAACGGUGCCAUCUGCCGGGACUACGUCAACAGCUUUGUGUGCGAGUGCCGACCAGGCUUUGAUGGAAUCAAGUGUGAACGCAACAUCCUCGAAUGUACCGAGAGCUCCUGUCUGAAUAAUGGGACUUGCAUUGACGACAUCAACACCUUCUCUUGCCGUUGCCGUCCCGGUUUCUACGGGACAUUCUGUGAGUACGAGCAGAAUGAGUGCGACUCUCAGCCCUGUAAGAAUGGAGGCACCUGCACCGAUGGCCUAGGCACCUACCGCUGCACCUGCCCUGUGGGAUACAAUGGACAGAACUGCCAGAAUUUCGUGAACCUCUGCAGCCAGGUGCGCUGUCACAACGGCGGCUCCUGCUCUCAGACGUCGACCUCCUGGACCUGCCACUGUCAAAUAGGAUGGACGGGACAUUACUGUGACGUCCCUAACAUGUCCUGCCAGGACUUUGCCGCCAGGAAGGGUCUGGAGGUUGAAAACGUGUGCAAGAACGCCGGGCGGUGCGUGAAUGUGGGCAAUUCCCACCGGUGUCAGUGCCAGCCAGGAUACACGGGCAGCUACUGUGAUGAGAUGGUGGAUGAGUGCCAGUCAAACCCUUGUCGCAACGGAGCUACAUGCAAAGACUAUCAGGGCACAUACGAGUGCAUAUGUAAACCAGGCUACCAGGGAGUGAACUGUGAGUAUGAUGUUGAUGAAUGCCACUCAAGGCCCUGCCUCCAUGGAGGAACCUGUAUCAACCUCAUCAACCGCUUCACCUGCGCCUGCCCACCUGGAGCCCACGGGCUCCAGUGUGAAGUCAACGAGGAUGACUGUGCCCCCAAGCACGGCUCCUUUGAACCUCGCUGCCUGAAUGGAGGACAGUGUGUGGACGGCGUGGGCCGUUACACAUGCUCCUGCCCUCCAGGAUUCGUUGGGGAACACUGUGAGGGGGAUCUCAAUGAGUGCCUGUCUGGGCCCUGCCAGGCCCCCGGCAGCCUCGACUGUGUGCAGCUGGUCAACGACUACCAGUGCCGCUGUCGCCUCGGAUACACCGGUCGUCAUUGUGAGUCCAUGGUGGAUCUGUGUCUGUCUAAGCCGUGCCACAAAGGUGGCAUCUGCUCUAUGAACAUGAGCUCAGUCCAUGGCUACACCUGCUCCUGUGUUCCUGGCUUUACUGGGUUCAACUGUGGCGAAAUAGAGGGCUACAGUUGUACAAAGCUACGUUGCCAGAAUGGCGGUCGCUGCGUGGAGUCACCUGGCCACCUGUACUGCCAGUGCCAGUCAGGCUUCAGCGGACCACACUGUGAGAAUGAACAGAGAUGUCCAUGGAACUGCCAAAAUGGAGGAACCUGCAUCAAAGACCCAUCCAACCCGUACCAGUACAGCUGCCGCUGUCCGAUGCACUUCUCGGGACCAUACUGUGACAACAAACUAAUCACGCCACGCACUCCAACGUGCCCCUAUCUGCAGUGUGAGCAGCAUUCGGGGGAUAAGGUGUGUGACGAUCAGUGUAACAACCAUGAAUGUCAGUGGGAUGGAGGCGACUGCUCGCUCAACUGGCAGCAGCCCUGGGUUAACUGCGAUGCCAGUGUUCCCUGCUGGGAUCUCUUUAAGAAUGGCCAAUGUAAUAAGGAGUGUGACAACCCUGGGUGCCUCUUUGACAGCUUUGAGUGCCAGGAGACCACAUCAUCCUGCAAGUAUGACAGGUACUGCGCAGACCACUUUGGGAACGACAUCUGUGACCAGAGCUGCCACACGGAGGCUUGUGGCUGGGACGGCCUGGACUGCUCCACUGACACUCCAGCCAUGGUGGUAGGUGGCACGCUGAUCAUCGUGGUCCGGCUGCAGCCUAAGGAGCUGCUUGGAGACAUGAGGGGUUUCUUGCGCUCGCUGGGAGCCCUGCUGCACACCAACCUGCAAGUUAAGCUAGAUACAAAUAAGAAGGCAAUGGUUUACCCUUACUAUGGGGAGGAGCAUGGACGACAUAUACAGACGAGCAGAAGCAAGCGGGAGCUGGAAGUUAUUGGAUCUGAGGUGCACCUGGAACUCGAUAACCGUGAAUGUUCCCAGAGCUCUGCCCACUGUUUCUCCAACAUUAAUGAGGCCGCGUCAUUCAUUGCAGCAGCACACAUGAAGGCUGAACUGCCUUACCCUCUGGUGUCUGUUACAGCUGGGCCUCCAGAUGACUCACCAGUUCCAACGCCUCUGAUGUACCUGGUUGGAGUGGCCGUGGUUAUUAUUCUGCUGAUCCUUGUGCUGGGGAUGCUAGCAGCCAAGAGGAAGCACAAACAUGGCGCCCUGUGGCUUCCUGAUGGCUUCUUGGCCAAUAAGAAUGACAAAAGGCGAGAGCCUGUCGGACAGGAUGACUUUGACAUGAAGAAUUUCAAGACCCAGGAUGCCAUGAUGGAUGGAGUUCAGAGUCAGAGGUGGCUGGAAGACGAGGUCCCACCCAAGAAACAAAGAACUGAAGACAAACCCUUGCUGCCCAUCGCUAUGGAUGGAGGUGUUGACCGAAGGGAGUGGACCCUGCAGCAUCGCAAGGCUGCUGACAUCUCGCUCACUCCCCCACAGGCCGACCUGGAUGCUGACUGUCUGGAUGUUAACGUCAAGGGACCUGAUGGCUUCACCCCAUUGAUGUUGGCAUCGCUGCGUAAUGGUGGAGGCCCGGACUGCAGCCUGCAUGGAGGAGAAGAAGAGGAGGAGAGCGGAGGAGAUGAACCAGGGCCGAGUGUCAUUUCAGACCUGAUCGCUCAGGGUGCUUCUUUGAUGGCUCAGACUGACCGUACAGGAGAAACGGCGCUCCACCUGGCUGCCCGCUACGCUAGGGCUGAUGCUGCUAAGAGACUGCUGGACGCUGGCGCUGAUCCCAACGCCCAUGACAACAUGGGCAGAACUCCUCUGCAUGCUGCCGUGGCGGCUGAUGCGCAGGGAGUCUUCCAGAUACUGAUCCGUAAUCGUGCAACAGAACUGGAUGCCCGGAUGAACGACGGCACGUCUCCACUGGUCCUGGCAGCCCGGCUAGCUGUGGACGGCAUGGUGGAAGAGCUGAUCCACUGCCAUGCUGACAUCAAUGCUGUAGACGACCACGGCAAAUCUUCUCUUCACUGGGCAGCUGCAGUUAACAACGUGGAGGCCACACUCGUGCUUUUGAAGAACGGAGCCAACCGUGACAUGCAAGACAAUAAGGAGGAGACCCCUCUGUUUCUUGCAGCCAGAGAAGGCAGCUUUGAGGCGGCUCAGGUUCUCCUUGACCACUACUCCAACCGCGACAUCACCGAUCACCUGGAUCGGCUGCCCCGCGAUACCGCUCAAGAACGCAUGCAUCACGACAUCGUGCGCCUGCUGGACCAGUACAAUUUGGUUCACAGUCCACACAGUGGCCCGAACCACAUGGGCGGAGGAGGAAACGUUAUGUGCGGGGCCAACGGAGUGGGCUUCAUCGGCAUGCGCCCCGGGCCCCAGGGGAAGAAGAGCAGGAGGGGCGGAGGUGGAGCGAAGGUGGGAGGCGUUGGAGGGGGAGCGAAGGAGCUGAAAGACAUGAAGGCAAAGAGAAGAAAGAAGCCCGCUGGAGGAGACGGGCUGGGUGUAGGUGCUGGAGUGGGAGGAGGAGGUGGCGGAGGAGGAGGAGCAGGAGGUACAGCAGGAGGGAACGCGAAUGGCGUCAAGGCAGCAGCAGGACUUCCAGAGAGCUCUGUCACCAUGUCACCCGUUGACUCCCUGGAAUCACCGCACUCGUACACCGGCGACGUGUCCGGCACCGUCUCCACCACGGCAAACUCCCCUCCCCUCCUGAGCAGUCCGACCUCCAGACCAAUGCUGCCGCCCGUCAGCCACAUGCUGGGACAGCAGCCGGGCUGGGUGGGCAUGACCAAGCACGGCUACGGCGGCCACAUGUUCGGCCUCGUGUCGCACCAGAUGGGGGGAUCUCACCCGGGCAUGGGCCAACACCACGGCCAGGGCCCGAUGCUGACUCCCAUGAACGUCACCAUGAGCAGAGAGCAGCUGCCGCCCAUUGUCACGUUCCAGAUGAUGGCCCCUGGAGGAGGCCAGGCCAUGCUGAAGCAGCCUCAGCCGGGGCAGGUACAGGUCACACAGUCCCAGGGCCAGAACCAGAAUCAGGGUCACUCCCAGCAGGGGCCAGGCCACCUCCGAUGCCCCCAAGGUAUGAUGUACCAGAUGCCUGAGCAGAUGAGCAUGGCGCACGGGCUCUCCCACGCCCUGCAGCACCCCCACACCGUCAGCCACGGGGGCCACGGCGGGAUUGAGGGCCAGUCUCGGCCGUUGCCCUCCUAUCCGCCCAUGCAGAGCCCUGUGGAUAAGUACCCCACUCCCCCCUCCCAGCACAGUUACACCACCACUGGCUCAGAGGGCACCACCCCGGGCCACUCUGCCCACCCACCCAGCGAGCACCCGUAUCUCACCCCCUCUCCCGAGUCCCCGGAUCCUUGGUCGUCCUCUUCGCCACACUCUAACUCGGACUGGUCUGACGUCACCACCAGCCCCACCCCUCUGGGGAACCCCCACCACGCACUGCCGUCUUCGCACCACACACACAUUCCAGAGCAGGUGCAGCUGCAGCCGCAGUCGCAACAGAUGCAGCAGGCCUCUCAGCAGCCUCAGCUCGGCAACAUGCAGGUUUUUGCGUAGGCCGCCCGGAGGGAAGCAUAAACAGACUGACUUUGGGGUUCUGUGUAGUUGCAUAAUAACACGUGAACUCGUGUCUCGUUGAUUCUCUUUCUGUUCUUCAUUAUAGUAAUCGGUCACUUCCCCUUUCAUGUUCUCUUCUCCUCUUUGCACUGACAAAAACUGCAUAGUUUCUAAAAACGUCAUAGAGUAUUAUCGGCGAUAUCAAAAGUUCUCACUUCCAGAAAAGAAUGUAGUUAGCUGUCGUCACGAGAUAACAUCAGUUUCCAUGCAGAUCCUGGGAUCCCAGCCGAGCAUCCUCUGCCGAAGUCAAGACUUUAUUUUUUUGGCCUUUGGCACACAAACUGUUUUAUUGAGGGAUCAACGAGGAAGUGCCAACCAGAUGGCGGCCGGCUGGUGUUGCAUCAGACAGACCGUUCAGAUGGACACUGAGACGGGGCGGAGGACGUUCUGCACUGAUAUUGUCUAACAGUGUCACUUCUUUCUGCUAUAAGCCACCCUUAUGUGUAGUUUAAUGUGAUUAGCCUGCCAAUACUAACCCGUCAUCGCAACCGUUCACUCUACUUUUUUAAUACGAUGGGUCACAUUCAAUUGAUGCUUUAAUUUCAGCAAAACUACCUAGUUGUUGCCUUAUUGUUUUUUUUUAUUCAUGCAUUGUUUUUUAAUGUGCUAAAGGGGGAAUUUUAUAAAAUGCUGUCGCAUGACUAGAAAGACAAACAUCGAGUAAAUUACAGAUUAAAUAGAAAUGCACACACACGUGUGCAUGUUGUUACUAAAUGGCUCUACACUUGUGCUAACAACGUAAAUGUAUUUACUGCAUCGGUUACAGUUGCUAGAUAUUAGUGUUUCCCGUCAAAACGUCUGAACACACAGAAGGUUCAAUAAAUGCGUUUUUUACUUGCAUGCAGUCGGAGCACUGAGAGCAGAGUAUGUGUCGAAGAAAGUUACAGUUACUGUUACAGAAAAAACAAGAGAAAGUUACUGUGGAUGCAGUUACACAGUGUCUUGCCACAGACGGUACCACUAUAUCUCACGUGUUGUUGAGGGAUUAAUUAAGCUUGACAAACUUUAUGCAAAAACAUAUGUUGGUUUUAGUAUGUUGUAUGAUGAAAUGUACAUAGACUUACAGCACAUUCUGCUUGUUAUUACUGAGCUCGAUUCGGCAAAGACAUGUUGACUUUAAAACGUCUGUUUCUGUUGUUUUUUUUUAUAUGAAUUCUGUUCGCACUUCUCGAAUGAUCCUGAAUGUUACAGAGGUGCAUGUUUUUACUUUUAAACGGCCUCCUUGCUAAAUGUUUUCUCUUUUCAAUAAUCAUUUAUAACCAGUUUUGCCUUUUGCUUAACUACAAUCAGUGUAUCUCUGCACCUUUUUAAUUGUAAUGAUUCAUAAACCAAGUCUGGAGGUGAGUAAGGUUUGAUAAAGUAUUUGUUUUUUUUAUCUUCCUUCUUAAAGUUGACGUUGAUCAUAGCUUUGUGUGACUGCUCUGUGAACACAGACAAUCAUUCACUGUUUUGUUUUUGAAACUUCAAAAAAGAACAUUGGUGUCUCUUUAGACCAAAUUAUUAUUAUUUUUUCUGCCAAAAAAGUACAUCAUGUCCAAAUGUAUCAGUUGUUGCCCUUGUUUUGAUAGAUGCAUGACACACAUCCGAUACCAAGAAAUGUUUGGGUUUGAAUUACUACUGCAGUUGUGUCUGUGAACAAACCACACGAUUCACCGGGGCGUGUCUCUGUCCUAAUGAUGUCCUAGUUUACCAAUUCUUGUGUACUGUUGAAGUGUCAGUCAGCCUUUUUAUUUACAAUUGAGCAAGUCAGUUCCCAUUCAUAUGCAAGGCCAUGUGUCUAUUUUCUGUAUAUAAAAUGUUUUUUUGUAUUGUACUUUCCUCUGUUAACCAAAUAGCCUAUAAUAUACAUGCCAUAUGAAGUAGUUGUCACCAUGUUUGUAAACGGUAGAUGAACUAAAACUGAUGAAAAAAUAAGUUGUCAAGAAAACCCAAAUGAUCAACCAAAUGUGCUUCCUGAAAUAAAGCCCAGAUCUUCGUAGA